AUGAAUGGGCCAGCUCUUCUUCCCCAACACAUCUCACAUCGACUUUGGUUUUCACUAUUUAUACAACUGUCCCUGGAGCUCAUCUUGACUCUAAGUCGGCACAAUCCAAACACGUCGCUACCCCAGUCUAGAACCCGUCACCGACUCACAGUCACCGUGGCUUCUUACAGCUCUUCUAACACGGACGAGGAGCCGGAACACCUCCCGUACCCGGCAACAAAGCUCAUCAUCGCCCAGUACUGGCACUGCUCGCGCGACCCUCCGUUCUGGGGCUACCUCAUCGUCGGCACCUUUUACGACCAGCACAACAACAUCGUCUGGAGCACAGAGAUCUUUGCCUUCCAGCCCGAUCCGCGCCGUCGUCAAGACACUCCAUCAGUCGCAUCAUCCGAGCCGGACGUCGAUUCAGCAUCCAACAACGACCUCAACGAUCAAUUUGCCCGCAGUCUCAACCUUGCCCACAGCACCCACCGUCCAAGAGAUCAAGCAUACGCUCCAAGAUACCCAUAUCACCAUCAUCCUCACGGCCAGCAACUCUGGAACCCGGCGCUCGCAGGACCCGUCCCCGGCCACUGGGUGACAGAAUAUAACCACCAACUAGACACACACUCACACACUCAUGCACACAUACUCACACUCGAAAACAACCACAAAACCAACCUGAACAUGUCUAACCCCGUCAACGGCCAUGACAUGGAUCCCCGCCGCCCUCUCUUCAGCCCGAACAACGGCGUACCGAUGCCGCGCUACGGCGAGGCCUACAUUCCGCCUGCCGGAGGCUACGGCAACUACUACCAGUACCCUUACGCCGCCUCGUACGGACCCCCAGCGCCGUAUCCGGGCUCGACGGCGUACAUGUGGCCCAACCCGCAACAUGCCGGUGGCUACAACACUUACCCACUCCAACCGGGCGGUCAGGCCUCUUACGGGGCACGUGCGGCCCAGGGCCUCCCGACGCUCGACCCGCGCAACCCGGCGGCGCACCUCGGCAACUCGACGGGCGGCACGGGCUGCGAGCCCGGCUACAACUACUUCUUCCCGGCGGCGCACACCAAGAUCCACGUGUUCCGGACGUCAACCCCGCCGUGGCAGCUGCCGGCCAACGCGCGCGUGCCCUUCGCGGCGUUCCACGUGCCCGUCAACACGACGCUGGCCGAGGUGCUCAAGGGCUUCGGCGCGCUGAACCCGAACCCCAAGAAGAACAAGUGCUUCGAGAUCGUGCAGGCGGGCAACGGCAAGUGGUACAAGGGCCUGUGCUUCGCCGGCGACGACAAGGACAUGAUGAAGAAGAGCAUCGCCGACAUUGGAUGGGACGCGGGCCGCACGGGCUUGCCGGGGCAGAAGCCCGUCGUCUGCGUGUGGCUGGUCAAGGACUGA